UGUUUUAAAAACAUUGUUUUUUGCAUUCAAGGCUUUAAUUUUUUUUGAUUAAUGAAAUGAAUGUAACACAUUUUACUUUCGAGGGUCAUGUGGAGUUGGAAAAAUAUAGAUUUCUUUAUUUUGUUAUCAUGCUCAUAGUAUAUAUUUUGAUAAUUUGCAGUAAUUUUACCAUUGUGUGUCUUAUUGUGAUUCAUCAAAACCUCCAUGAACCCAUGUACAUUUUCAUUGCUGCUUUGUUAAUUAACUCUAUUCUUUUCAGCACAGGAGUCUAUCCAAAACUACUGAUUGACUUUUUAUCUGAAAAACAGACCAUCUCUUAUCCAGCAUGUCUAUUCCAGAUCUUUGUUUUUUACUCUCUGAGUGGAUCUGAAUUCUUAUUGUUAGCAGCCAUGGCCUUUGACAGAUACGUGUCUAUAUGUAAACCUCUGCAAUAUCACACAAUUAUGAGAAAAACAACUGUGUGCAUUUUCCUAGUCUUAGCAUGGCUCAUACCUUUUUGUCAUAUUGCUGUGCCAAUCAUAGGGAAUGCAAAUCAGAAACUCUGCAGUUUUACCUUGAAAGGAAUUUUUUGCAACAACAUAGUAUACUAUAUUUUAUGUGUAAGUUCAAGGGCACUGUUAACAUUUGGCUUAGUUAAUUUUUUAAAUAUUUGUUUUCUUCCUACGUUCUUUGUACUUUUCACAUAUACAGUCAUUCUUAUAAAAUCUUAUAGAAGCUGCAGAGAAGUCAGAAAAAAAGCUGCACAGACCUGUUUACCUCACCUGCUGGUUUUAAUGAACUAUUCUUGUUUACUUACUUUUGACACAAUUAUAGUUAGACUGGAAUCAGAUAUUUCCAAGGUUGCACGUUUUGUAAUAAUGUUGCAAGUAAUAACAUACAAUCCCCUUUGCAAUCCAAUAAUAUAUGGACUAAAAAUGAAAGAAAUUUUUAAACACCUUAAAAAGUUGUUUGUCAAGGCAAAAUAA